UGAAUGAGCCUUCAGCAAAAUCAAUAUCCCAUGCCCUCCCAACAAAACGCAAGUGUCAUCUAACCAUUGACUUUUGACAUGGUAACUAGUGUCUUAUCCUAAAUUAUACUCGGAUUGGACGACCAUUUUUCAUUGACUCUACAAUGCAUUUCCAUCCUAUUAAACUGAAUUCAACGUUAACGCAUUGCAUUGGUAAAAUAGAUUCAAAGACAGGGUUGGAAUUGAAUUCAAUGGUAUAUUGAUAUAAAAAUCUCCAUGAAAGGAAAGCCAGAGGUGAAUCCAAGUGUUAGUUACUUUCCAUUUCAAUAUAAACUGUAAAGAAACAUAAUCCAUACACAAACCUCAUACGUUACGAGAUUUCAUUACCAUUCCUAAUAAGCAGAUACAAUCAAAUUGCAAGAACCAUAAGUUUCAAUCACGCAGUAUAAGAAUCAAGAACCAACUCUACAAUAGCCAAUAUCAAGGAAAUGAAAAAGAACAUGGAAAUUACCAGGCUACAGACCGGGCUCCUCGUCCUCUUCCUCGCUGCCAUAUCUGCGCGUUCCGAGUACUACUCCAAAACUACCCCAAGGGUUCAGUUAAAGGAGAAGGUAACCAAUCUCCAUUUCUUCCUUUUCGACAUCCUGAGCGGCAAAAAACCCAGCGCCGUCGAAGUAGCGCACGCAAACAUAACCAUCGGCGACCAGUCGGCGACUCCAUUCGGCAGCGUCUACGCCAUCGACGACCCGCUCCGGGAGGGACCCCAUCCGAAUUCGAAAGUGAUCGGCAACGCGCGAGGGCUGUAUGUAUCAGCAAGCCAAGACGCAGAUUUGUGUUUGGUGAUGUAUAUUGAUUACGGUUUCACAACCGGGCGGUAUAAGGGCAGCUCCAUCAGCGUGUUUUCGAGGAAUCCGGUGACGGAGCGGCAACGGGAGGUGGCGGUUGUCGGCGGGAGAGGGCAGUUCAAGAUGGCUCGAGGGUUUGCAAAGCUUAAGACACAUUACUUGAAUGUCACUAAUGGCGAUGCCAUUAUAGAGUAUAAUGUUACUGUAUUUCAUUACUAAAUUGGAUAAAGCAGCAGGAUUCUGAUUUGUGAUU